GAUUGCUGUCACGGCCAACAAAGGACUUGGCUGAGCAGAGGGUCAUCCUGGGAUCUCCAUUCACACCCACUCGAGUUCCUUGCCUUGUAGAUCGGCCUUCGCUCGUUCGCGAAUUGUGACUUGAGGAUAUGGCUAGCUUGCAUUCAAGGGAUUGCAUUUCACGCUUCUCCUCUCAUAACCCAGCCGACUGGGAGAAAAUCGUUCGUUUGAAACUAUCCGGCAUUUGCUGUGACGCGAUUACGGCGGCUGCUAGAUACGGCUCUCGCGACUUCCAAUGGAGACUUCCAGUAGCGAAGCAGUCGAACCUGUCCCGAGCCUGACCUCCAGCCAUGGCAGCCGUAGCAGGCUGAUAAUGUCAGACGUCGUUCUCGAUAUCUUCAAGUCCUUCGCUGGAGAGCAUCGAGUCCGCUGACUGUAUCACCAUUGGAUGCAGGGAAUUGUCGUCUUUUCUUUCAACGACGUUGAAGGGAAAAACAAACGCGUGGAACAAAUGCGUGGAUCAGCUUGCUGUGAGUUUUUGGGGAAGAGAGGAGGAAAGGAGAGGAGCGUUGUGUCAAGAAGGAAGGUGAAAAGAACCGACACCUGGGAAUGUCGAGCUUGGUCUGCUUAUCUCCCCUCGUCUGUGUUUGUAACUUCUAAAGCUUUCUUGACAGGCCCUGGUUGCUGAGCUGAGAGGUGCCCAAGCUGAAUCCAAGAAACUGUUAGGGAAGGCGCCUGACUGCAAGAGUGGCAAGCCAAUUACAGUCUUCCUUCUCCAUCACUGUUCAUGCAGGAGAACAGAACGCCCAAGAAGGAAACGAACCCGAGCAGCCGGAUAGCGGGCUCGAGUGCCAAAGGCACGGGCAGAAAGAGGAACAGCACGGAGGAGAAGAGAGCCGUAUUGCAUCUCCUUCCUCGAAUUUCUCCCCCCUGCGCAACACCAUCAGGACAAGGGGCUGGCGAGACGGAUAGAGCUGCACAAGAUUCAGCAAGCGAGUGAAGACAAGUCUCGCAGUGCCAGGGAGCUGAUCGAGUCUCUGGCGGCGCAGCUGAUGCUGCGGAUGUCACAGUGAGUAAAUGCCUCCCUGCAUGGCUAUGCUGCAGUGUUUGAAGCCUUGCUGCUCGUUGCGUUGCCUGCCACAUCGCAAAAAAGUGGCAAUCUAAAAACCAUUCGAGGUGGAGCGAGGAUGCCGACUAUCUGCAGAACAUUCAAAUACCAUUCGCAGAACGUUCGCGUAGCAUUUGGCAGGGUGUAAAUGUAAAAUGUAUGUUUUGCAAAAGCUACGAUUUCUAAACCCUAUGAUUUCAAAGCGAUAAGCGUCUGUCCAAUCGUAGUACACUCCUGUGUUUUUUUUGUUAUGUUCGAACGUAAUUGUUUAUGUAUGGAAUAUAUCAUGUGUGGGAAA